AUGGAGACAAAGCCAAAGGAAACGCCGCCCCCCAGUUCACAGUGGUUCAACCCACAGCUGUUGCAUCUGAAGGUGACGCUCUUUCUCGUGUUUGGAGCAACGAGCGCGCUUACACCGUACCUGACAAUACACAUGCAAAGUAUCGGACUCACGGUGGAGGAGGUAGCUUCCGUAUACUUGACGUUGCUGUUCACUUCGUGCCUUAGUCCACCACUAACCGGCUAUUUGAUUGAUCGCUUUGGCCGGUACAAACCGGUGCUGCUAUCAAGUAUCGUGCUGAACGUCUUAGCUCAUCACUCGAUCCACUUCAUUCCAGCACGACUCCUCACUAAGCCGCUUGUGGUGAAUGCCUCUCUGUCUGCAGAUGGGUCGUCAGUACUAAUGCAAGUAUGGAAUACAUUGAAAUCGAGUGUUGUGAGCAUGCAUUUAAAGUGUCUUUAAUUUUAGGUACCUUUUUGUCCGAGUGACAAAUACCUACACACCAUCUGUCACUCCACCACAAACGUAACGCUUCCAACGUAUGCCACAACGAAUAAUCUUAGCUGCGGCAACUUCACCUACCCCGAGUGUGCCCUCGCCGAACUGUUCUCAGAAAAGCAGGUGCUAGUGGAACACACCGAAAUCCCUCCAACGGAGUAUGAUGAAACGUUCUGGACGUAUCUUGCGAUUCGGUUUGUUGCAUCGUCCAUGCUGUCGGCCACGCUCACCAUCACCGAUCCGAUCGCACUGGAUAUGGUGGAACAACAUGGCGGUGACUUUGGACGAGAAAAACUGUUUUCCAGCGUUGGUAUGGCCAUCUUCACACCGCUCACCGGGCUCAUGAUUGAUGCGUGUUCGAGUGGUUCCGGACCGUACGAAACUGUCUACACACCUGCCUUCUACACGUACGAUCUACUGCUGCUGGGAUCGCUCAUAUCUGUGUCGCUUAUGCCUAUCGGCCGUAAGGUACCGUCCGAGAGUGUGAUGAAAGAUACCCGCCGCAUCUUGCGCCUGCCACCAGUGCUUGCAUUUCUAGCCUUCCUGUUCCUGCUCGGUAACUUUUGGGGCUUUAUCGAGAGCUAUCUGUUCGUGAUUAUGAAGGCGAUGGGCUCGCCGAACUAUCUGCUUGGGCUGACGUACACGGUCGGUACGGUUGCUAGCAUUCCGAUGAUGUACCUGCUGGAGCAUAUUACAAAGCGCGUUGGACAUGUGAACCUGCUCGUGAUUGCGUUCUUUGCUCACGCGUUGCGAAUUCUUGGCUACUCGUGGAUAACGAACCCGUUCUGGUGUUUCCCGAUCGAGCUGAACGAAGCGAUCUCGUGCUAUUUCAUGUGGGUCGUCGCCUCAACGUACUGUGCCGUGCUGGCACCGAGCAGCUUAGUAGCGACGUUGAUAGGCAUUGCUGGCAUGGUACACUUCUGUCUCGGAAAAGGUGUCGGAUCGUUUGGGGGAGGAUUUCUUAUAGCGCGCGUCGGGUUAAAGAUGACGUUUCGCUACGUGGGAUAUCUAGCAGUGGCGUGCGGAGUGUUGUACAAAUUGGUACACUUGCUCUGGCUGCACAAGUACGACGGACGGAUAGAAAGUGUUUUGGAACCGGGAAGUGCGAUAAAUGAGUUGGUAAAGCGUAAAGCAUCGAUCAUCCCAAAGGUGGAUCAGUUCGGCAGUAUCGCAUCGUUGGGUGGACUUCCAAUAAGAAAACGGCAAAGCUCAGCCGGAACGCUGGAAGAGCAGGCUCCACUUGAAAAAGGAUAAAUACCGUUAUAAAUUCUGUCUCACAAGUUGGUACGUGAUCGCUU